CCUGAAAAAAUUUUCAUCCUUGAGCGUGGAUUUUCAUAUAAUUACCAAUGAAAUGUGUAAUUUAACAUAAAUUAAGUGUACUAUACAAUUAUUGGAAUAAUGUAAAGUGUUUUUUGAGUGUAGUUUUUGUGUUUUUUCCUGUGAAUACGAGAAGCUGGAAACGGGUGGCACGUUGCCCAUUGCAGACAGCCUAAAAUAACAAUUGGACGGCAUUUUAUGAAUUUUUAGCUCCCAACGCAGACAAUAAAUAUUUAAACUAUCGAUUUUCGACGAUACCUCAUGAAAAAUGCACCUCAACCAUGCCACUGCAAUGGCUAAUUACCAGCACUACCCGCCACCGCAGAUUUCGACUCAUGGCGGCACGCCCACCACGGUGCAGCAGCAGACCACUAUAGCGACGGCCAGCACACCAUUUACACUGCACCAAUUGACCGCUGUACAGGCUAUACAACAUCCGACACAUCAGGCUAUGCUACAUCCGCAACACCCACUGGUACAUCUACUCGAUAUUUCUACAACAAAUACACCGAAUCCAACGCCACUGCCUCCAACUAAAGUUGAGGUGCCCGAACCGGAGCCAGUUGAGGUGAAAUUGGAUGACCCACGCAAAAAGAAGGAAUGCCACGUCUGCAAGAAUAAAUUUCGUCAGUUAACUACUUUGCGUAAUCACAUGAAAAUUCAUACCGAUGAACGGCCGUACAAGUGUAAACAUUGUGAUCGAGCUUUUCGUCAGAUAUCGACGCUCACAAAUCAUGUGAAAAUCCAUACUGGCGAAAAGCCAUUCACAUGCAAUAUAUGCGCGAAAGAUUUUCGCCAACAGAGUACACUAAUAAACCACAUCAAGACACAUAAAGAAUCAAGCACACCAACCUCAUUACUGAAUUAUCCUGGUACUAAACUAAACCAUCGCAAUUCAAAAUUGGCUCAAAAUCAAAUGGUAGACUAUCAAAAUCGGUCCAUUACAAAAACUCUUUAUACUGGCAGCUACAGCUCACCACAAGCCGAAGAGUUGGUAAAACCGUAUCAGUGUAAUGUUUGCAAAAGACGAUUCCCACAACUAAGUACACUACACAACCACGAGCGGACACACAUCGAUCCCAAGCCGUAUAAAUGUGAGACAUGCGACAAGUCCUUCAGUCAACUGGCCACUCUAACCAAUCACAAAAAGAUCCAUACCGGUGAUAAGCCAUAUGCCUGUUCCUUUUGUUCGAUGCAGUUUCGACAGCAGAGUACAUUAACCAACCACAUGAAGACACACACCACAGCCGCCAGCAAUGCUAAUGCAGUGUCAACCACCACAACCACAAUGGCAGCACCACAUGGCAUCCAUCAUAUGACCGCACCAACACUCAUUGCACAAGGAGAACAUCCACAACUCAAUAAUAUGGUACAUCAACAAUUGCAAGCCGAACAUCCAUUAUUGCAUUUCCUCGAUAGUAACACAACUGUAAGCACCAUUGUUCCGAAGGAACCAUUCAAUCCCAACACCAGUAGACGUUUCAAAAACGAGGCAGAUAGUUUAAUGCUGGAAAGUCCGGAUCGCCCAUUUCCAUGCGCCAUUUGCCGAAAGGCAUUCUCCCAACAAAGCACUCUGGCCAAUCACAUUAAGACGCACACCGGCGAGAAGCCCUACAAGUGCAAAGUAUGUGAGUCGAAUUUCCGACAGUUGUCCACCUUGAAUAAUCAUUUAAAAAUACAUACUGGCGAAAAGCCCUACAGCUGUUCCUAUUGUCCUAAGCAAUUCCGGCAGAAGAGCACUCUUAUCAAUCAUGUCCGAAUUCACAAUUGUUAAAAUGGCCAUGCAAAUAAUAAGAAUAGUAAAAAAAAGAAAACUUGAACGAAAAGCAUAUACCUAUAAGAGUCGUGCAGAGAAUAACUUUUAUUGGUCAAAUAUAAAAUCCCAAUUGGAGAAUUCUAUAAUAGCCGAUAACUAUAACCCAUAAAGGAGAUGAAAAUAGACAGAUAUACCAUACUAUCAGCAUACAAAAAUGUUGAUUAAGAGGAAAAAUUGCAAAAUAAAAUGAAAAAUAAGAAAACAGCCAUUGUGAAUUCGGUGUUAAAUAACUAUAACCAGCUGCUAAGCGUAAUAGAGUUACUUACCUGCUGUGCAAUAUGUAUUGUCCAUGUAAAUUUAUUAUAUACUAAAGAGCUGAGCUUAGAGUAAGCGUGAAGUCGCAAUGAGUGCUUUCGCUAUAGUUCGUCAUUCAAUUAUGUGGUUGUAUUUAAGUAGAAUGCAGGGCAUAUCAUAGGCAUUUUUCUUUUAAUAAUUUAUUGCAAUUAUUUUUCUCAGUACAAGAAAACUUUCAUAACUUGGUUAUGUGCAAUACUCCAUAAAUCCUUGAUUUAUUUAAUUACAAAAAAUAAUCAUGAAGAAUUACAUAAUUGAAAACAAAAAGUAUCACAUACGAUAUAGUUUUAAUUUUAAAUAUCGCUACUUGUAUCAAUACAAUUACUUCUCAAGCUCAGUCAACCGCUUGCAAAACAAAAAGAACGCCCAUUUAAGAAAUAAGCUUAAAAUGAUUCUUACUCCUCAACGCAAUAAUUUGACACAAAAAAAAAAAAUGAUUGGUAAGCUUUGAAUACGCAGAGCGUACUUGCCAGUCGCGAAAAAGUUCUUAAUCGAAGUUUCUUUGCAAUGUUGAUGUCGAAAUCACAACGACCAAAGGUGAUAGUGAAGGUAAGGUGAAGUAAAACUGUUCGCUGCAAGUACAGUUUUAAGGUGUUUGCCAGGUGCAGGCGAAUUCAGAAGUGUUGAACUAUAUUGAUGUUAUUGAUUUCAUACAUACAUAUAUGUUGAGUUGAAUUUCUUACUCAUCUCAUACGCCAGUGCGAACCAGCUCUUCCGGCAAUUUUUUUUAAGACUCAAUUACAAUUUGCGCUUACUCCUGCAAAGCUCUACUAUAUACAUACACAUACAGGGUGUUUUCUUUUGUUUCAAAAAAUUCGCUUCUGGUUAGUGCGAAUGUUUUUUGAAUGACAAAAAUAAAAAAACAAAUGAAAUUAAACUAAAUAAAAAAAGGAUGGAAAAAUACAGUAAAUAUAUUUGACAAGCAUAAUUGUACUAUUACGUAUAAAACCAAUUAUAAUGUGCGUAGAACAAAAAACGUUUAAUAAAAAUUCAUGUAGAAAUAAAGCGAUAUUUGUAAGCAGAAAAUA